AUGGCGUCCCAGUUCAUCGGCGCGCAUAUGCUGGUGACGCUGCACCAACCGCCUACGAGGUUGCGCGGAGUGGUGACGGAUGUGCGCUCCGGCCAUAGCUUGACUCUGUCAAACGUUUGGUCCGCCGAUACCAACGUCUUUUUGCAGCCCACGGUUACGAUCCAGGCCACCAAUGUCGCCAAUCUAGUCGAAGUUCCCCAGCCGCCCGCCGCUCCCACCAAUGGUCCUAUAGCGGCGGUGCCCAGUUCGCAUGUCCCACCGCCACAAGUAGUACCUCUUGCCGACCCUGCCAUCGUCGCCAUGAGCAAGCCUCCUUCCGGACCCCGGGCCCAACCGAACACGAGCGAGAAGAGGGAGCCUGUCCGCACAACUUCUGGAGAGACAACGCCGGUGCCAGCGACACUGGCUGGAUCUAUUGCGGCACUGACAGUAGAUACCAGCGAGGUCGAGGCUGGAGCCGAGGCGGACAGCGACGCUGCUGCUACUGUCAAGGCCACAUCGGUUCCGGUACCGACCAAGAAGAAGGGACGCAGGGCCCGCGCGGCCAAGGCAGGUCGUGUUGCUGCCGCUCAGGCAGAUGCUGCUACACCGGGAUCGGCGGGUCGUCAGACGCCAACCGUUCAGGGAUCCAAGGGCUGGAGGCAAACCCCGAUGCUGGAGGACACAUCCUCGUUCCAACCUUACAACUCACUUCGCAAGUCGCGCGGGAGGAAAGGGAACAACUUGGCGGUAGACAAUGGUUGGGCGUCGGAGGAUGUCACAGACGUCCAAGAGAUGGGCGAGUUUGAUUUUGAAGGAAGCCUGGCCAAGUUUGAUAAGCACACACUUUUCGAUCAGAUGAGGAAAGAAGACCAGAUCGACGACGCGAGCCGCCUGGUCUCACACAACAGGCUGCCAAGGCCAAAGCCGGGAACUGCAGGCGGCAAAAACCUGCACUAUACGGAAAAUGUGCUCGAUGCCACGCCGACGAGCGUCGCCAAGAGCAAGGACGAACUGCCCAACGACUUUUGGAAUAGCGAGGCAGACGAUGGCGUGGUCAAUGGAAGCGAGCGGCUGAGUGGGAGAGAGCUGGGGAGCAGACAAAGUUCACGAAGGGCCGAGAGCAAAAUAUCUACGACCAGGAGAUCUCAGUCAAGAAAGGCCAGCGCAGCCACGAUAACAGGCCCAGCCAGGACAGGCUCGAGUGGGGCGAACCCAACUUUAGCAAGCCCAGGACUUGUUCUCUUGCCCUCUGGACGGAGGGCGGAAACCGUUUCGGCUCUCCAAAUGAUUAACCUUGAAAAUAUUGCGCACAACGAGCUCGGUCUCACGGAUGAAAUGAUGACAGAAAAUGCCGCCAGGGGCCUGGCCGAGGUUGCACUAGUUGCACUUGCAGAUCCGGCAGUGAGGCUUAUAUCAGGCACUGGCGGUAACUCGGGCGAUUCGUCGGGGCCACCGCCCGCUACAGUCGCCAUUCUUGCGGGCAACAACAAGUCCGGUAUAAGAGCAGUCGCCGCGGCGCGGCAUUUACGAAACAAGGGUGUCACUCCUGUGGUGUGCGUAGUGGGUUUGGAACGGGGCGAGCGUGAACUGCUCGAGGGCAUGCGGCAACAGCUUCGGUUACUGCGCAACUUUGGAGUGCGGACGUGCUUCUCAAAGAGCGAAUUCUUUGAGCACGUGCGCAAGAUCAGCAUCCCAACCUUGACGGUCGACACGCCACGUGGGGCCAUAAUGCCCAAGCCGCCUGCCGUCACGCUCAUUAUCGACGCACUGCUAGGUUUGGCGACUCCGUUUGACGAGCUGCGGACGGGCGAGCAGGCAACAGUAUACGAACUGAUAGAGUGGGCAAACCGCAACGAGGCGUUUGUGCUGGCUGUCGACGUCCCGACAGGGGUCGACCCAUCGACGGGACACGUUAGCAUCGUCGACGGGACCCGACUGUACGUGAGGCCGCGGUUUGUGGUAGCCAUGGGAGCCCCCAAGAAGGGACUGCUCGAAACGAUGAUGUCCAGCGAAGGGGAAGAGGCAGCGGCCGAGGACUGGAAGCUCUUUAUAGCGGAUAUUGGCUUGGGCUCGGCGGUCUGGAGGAGAGCGGGGACCAAGAUCCGACGAGGCAUUGACUUUGGCGACCGAUGGGUCGUUGACAUGAAGUUUUCGAGGAAUGCCGGUGUUGCCAGUGCUGUUGCGUCGAACUAG